UCUCUCUCUCCUUUGUCCAUUACUCUUAUUCUCAUUAUUAUUUUUUUCCCUUUGAAUUGUUAUAUUCCUAGCUCCGUGGGUUUGUCCUUAGCUCUCUACUUUAACAAUUCUUUGAUGGCUUGAUUCUCAUAUAAACACCACGGCUAGUAAUAUUCUUUAUUCUUGUAUAAUUAUUAACAAAACUUUUUCUCUUCAGUUUUCUCUACUCUUCUUUUCUCUGUUGUUUCUAUUUCAUUUUCCUUAUAUUACUUAUUGUUAAAGUGGCAGCGUUAUUCACUUUCUGGGAUGGAAGGACACAUGAGUAAACGAAGACGUAUUUAUUCUCUGGAACUAAGGAAGAUAAUCCAAGCCAGUUUUACAAGAAAAUAUGUGAAAUACUUAGUCCUUGCUCUAACAAAGAUCAGUAAAGAAAUAUUGUCUGGCGAAAGCACUGACCAUGAAAUAAAGGAGAUUGUAAGGUAUGAAGUGGAUAUGGCAUUGGCGUUAUCGGCUGAAGGCUUUGCGUGGAGCCAUGCCUUGAAAGACAAGCUUUGAUUAAAUGUCAAUGUAGCUAGAUUUCAAAGCUCUUUAGCUCAUCACCAGCUCCCAUCCUUCAAAAUUUCUUCGUCAACUUAUAGUCCAAACUGUGAGUGGAUAUGGCAUUGGCGUUAUCGACUGAAGGCUUUGCGUGGAGCCAUGCUUGAAAGACAAGCUUUGAUAAAUGUCAAUGUAGCUAGAUUUCAAAGCUCUUUAGCUCAUCACCAGCUCCCAUCCUUCAAAAUUUCUUCGUCAACUUAUAGUCCAAACUGUGGGAACAUGAUACAAAAUGAGGUCGACGAUCACCAAAAUGCAAUUCUCUUAAAGAAGAUUUCUUCUAAGCCUGGCCAUGAACCUACAACUAAGAAAUCAAAAGGGGCUAAAAGAACAGAAAUGCAGCCAGAAAGUACGAAAAAUGAAGAAGUGGAAAGUGGAGAAGAGAAUCAAAUUAGAAGGCGGUUGACAUAUCUAAGGACUCUUUUACCAGGAGCGAGAAAGGUGAUGUUUGAUGAUGAAAUGUUAAGUGAAGUGGGAAGUUAUAUUUCUUGUCUUGAGUUACAAGUGAAUAUUCUUACGUCCAAGGUUGAAAUAAAUUGA